UGGGUUAAAUCUGUCGGAUGAAAGUACAUAUUAAGCUUUUUUUCAAGCUGGCAGGAAUAUCAAAGCAUAUUGUUUGCGUGAAUCAAUUAACUGCGAGGAAUCUGGUACCGAGAACAGGUCCACCAUGGUGGAUUGCCAGAAGAGACACAUCCUUUAAGGUUUCCCUUUACCUGUUUGCAGGGCUCGUGACUGCCUUACAGUUUCCGUGGAGAUUGAAUCUAACGCCUUGAAGUUACAACGAUUAAAUUAUAGUCUAACCUGUUACAACCGGAAUUUCCAUCAUCAUCUGCCAUCUUGUUCUGCUUUGGAGCCGUAAAACUUUAAACAGAGAGAGGCUUUGCAUUUCAAGAACGUUUACAGUGCUGAUAGCAGGCUCCAGAGUCAUCAUGGCUGAAAAAGAGGUCAAACCAUUCAGCCAUAGCCACAACCUAGAACAAUAUGUUUUGCUGGCCAAGUCAGCAAGAGGAGCUGGAUUAGUAGCCCUAAUAAAUCAGACCUUAGAGGCCCCUGGUGUGUAUGUUUUUGGGGAACUCAUAGAGAUGCCUUCUGUCAAAGCGCUAGAAAACUCUGAAAAUGCAUCAUACUGGAAUCUCUUGAACAUAUUUGCAUUUGGAACAUAUAGUGACUAUAAAGAAAAAGCCAAUUUGUUACCAGCUCUAACUGCAUCACAGUUGAGGAAGCUACAACAUUUAACCAUAGUGUCCUUAGCAGCUAAAUCAAAGUUCAUACCAUACAGUUUGUUAUUGCAAGAACUGGAUAUCAAGAAUCUAAGAGAACUUGAGGAUGUAAUUAUUGAUGCUAUUUAUGCUGACAUUAUUCAUGGAAAAUUAGACCAGAAAAAUAAACAGCUAGAAGUAGAUUUUGCCAUUGGUAGAGACAUCACUCCAGAAACAGUUAACCGAGUCACAGAAGUAUUACAAGACUGGUGUGACGGUUGCGAAUCAGUUCUUCGUAGCAUAGAGAAACAAAUAGAAAGGGCAAAUACACACAAAGAAAAGAAACAAAAGCAAAAGGUUCAGGUGGAAGCAGAGGUCGAAAAUCUGAGAAAGGCAAUAAAGGCGUCUUCUCAGUCAGACAUGGAUAAUGGCGGCGUGUCAGGAAUGCCAGCAAGUUACCACAGUCAACAAUAUCAACAGAAGGCUCCCACCACAUCCAAAACUAAAGGUUUACGAGGAAGCGGAAAGGUGUUUGGCACUCAGGUUCGCAGAUGACUGAAAAUUGGACAAUACUGC